GUUAGUUUAUUUUUAAUAUGUAUAGUUAUAGUGUACGGUAAAUAUCACAAACGCGAAGACCAUUUCGAUAGUAUGGAAAGUUCAUCGUUAGGAUCUGAAAGUACGGAAGUUUUUCCUGAGGGUCCGAAAGGAUUUUCUAAAAAAAAAGUCAGUACACAUGUAAAAAGUGUCAACGGAACUAGAAACAGAACUGCAAAAGAAAAGACCAAAAAAAGUGAAAAGGCAUACAAAGUGAGAAAUGGGUCGCAAAGGUAUCCGUUCUCAGUAUCCGUACAAAGAAAGGGAACCCAUUAUGCAACUGGGGCCCUGAUCGAUAAGAAAUGGGUACUGACUGUCGCAGGAGAAUUUUAUAAUGUGAGAGAAUCGAUAAAAUUCUUCAGAGUGCGACUGGGUACGGUUAAUUGCAAGAAAGGAGGUGUUUUACUACCAAUCAAGGGUGUAGAGAUCCAUCCAGCUUAUUCAUACAAGAAGCCAACGUAUGACGUCGCGUUACUCCGUUUAGCAGUUUCCGCUGAUUAUAGUGAGGCAUUGAAACCGAUUCCUUUAACUAGAAUCAAAGGAAAAGUGCUAAGCGCGAAAUUCCUGGCAACCUAUUGGCCUAGAUUAAUCGUCAGAGGGCAAGUGCUCCCGUCAUCAGCGCAAGAACGUGUCCAACCAAACAGUAUGAGGGUAUCGACGCAAAAGAUGAUACCAUGGAGCUGGUGCCAGAGUCUCAUGUCCACGCUAAACCAGACCCUGGAUGAGUCCAGUCUAUGUCUGGAUCCUAUCAUGUCACAUCAUAGUUUAUGCUUGCCUGACGCGGGGGCGCCAGUGACGGCUGACGAUGGCUUAUGGGGCAUCACAUCUGGUUGGACAUCAGACAAUUGCCUCGGCAACCCGAGCCCUACAAUCUUCACGCGUGUCUCCUCUCCCGUCGUGAGGGCUUGGCUCGACUCCCAAUUGACCAGCCUUUGAUACUGUAGUGGAAACUUCGAAAACAUUCUAUGGGCUUCAAUUCGAUUAAUGGUUUACAUUGUGCCAGUACAACAGGACUGGACCGCUAUAUCCAAUCCGAUAUAGUCCAUGCCAGGCCAGUUGUACUAUCAUAUUGUACUGGCAUAAUGUAAACCAAGCAAGCAAAGUUCGUCAAUUGUCAAAUAAUUCGAGUAAUUAUUAAAUCGAACUGUUAAUUGACUUUACUUGAAGAAAUACUGUGAUCACAAAGUACUUAGGACCGACCGAAUAAUAUAAUAAGAUACCAACAAGUACCAAUGUAAAAUACCUACAAAAAAAAUAGAUACUGCAGAUAAUAAAAUAUGAUACUAAAACAUAAAUUA